AAAUCCGCGUCCGUCACAUCUCUGCGUCUACGUUUACUCGUUCGAAGGGUCGGAUUAAACCCUAGAAACCCUGCUUUGCUCGAUCGAGGUCGCGGAGCCGAGGGAGAAGGAUGUCGGGGCAGGAGGAGGAGAAGAAGCCGGCGGAUCAGGCCGCGCACAUCAACCUCAAGGUCAAGGGGCAGGAUGGAAAUGAGGUCUUCUUCAGGAUUAAGCACAGCACUCAGCUGCGGAAGCUCAUGAAUGCCUACUGUGAUCGCCAGUCGGUGGAUAUCAAUUCGAUUGCAUUCCUGUUUGACGGCCGCAGGCUGCGCGGGGAACAAACCCCAGAAGAACUUGAGAUGGAAGAUGGUGAUGAGAUUGAUGCCAUGCUGCACCAAACCGGGGGUAGUUAGUGGAGUUCAGAGAAACCUUUUUGCUAAAAAUAAAGAUAAUGUAAAGUGAAAGAACAGUGAUUAUGAACAUAAAACACUUGUAUUUUGAUGUGGUGUGGGGUGAUUUGAUAUCUGAAUAGAUUCUUGAAAGGCCUACGUUUGGUAUA